GCCAUUUAAUAAAAUUAUUUCUAAGUUGUUUUCUACAUAAUACAUCUAUUGGAGUCAGUUUUAAAUUCCUUGGUUUUCAUGUUUUGGAGUGAUAUGCUACACUACAAGAGUAGAAAUAUAUAAUAUCUUCAAUUAGUGCAUCCACUGCUAUCAAGUGUAUAAAUGCAAACCAUCUACAACUAUAAAUGAAAGGCAAACUGAGCAAAUUAAUAGUGUCUUCAAGAGAAUAACACUUUGAAGCAAUGGCCCUAACAAUACUACAAGUUGCACUAGGCCUAUCUCUAAUGGCCUCUCUCCUCCUUCCCCCUCUUUUCUAUUUCCUUGUUAUCACCAAAAGAACUUCCUCUCACAAAACCAAGCUCCCCCCUUCCCCUCCCAAGCUUCCUCUCAUAGGAAACCUCCACCAACUCGGUUCGCUCCCUCAUCGCUCUCUCGCCUCUCUCUCGAAGAAGCAUGGCCCCCUCAUGCUUCUCCAACUUGGCGAAAUCCUUACGCUUAUCGUCUCCUCACCCGACAUGGCGCGUGAGAUCAUGAAGACCCACGACAUAAGUUUUGCGAACCGACCUUCUUCGAAGGUCACGAAGAUCCUUUUCUACAACAACAUGGGCUUGGGUUUCUCACCAUACGGUGAGUAUUGGAGGAAGGUAAGACAGCUUUGUAUCAUUCACCUCCUAAGCGCGAAAAGGGUGCAAUCUUAUCAUCUCAUGAGGGAGGAGGAAGUCGCGUUCAUGAUAGAAAAGAUAAGACAAUGUUCUUCGCCUAGAACAAUAGAUAUGAGUGAAGUUCUAUUCUCUUUCGCAAAUGAUAUGACAUGUAGGGUGGUUUCGGGAAAGCUCUUUAGAGGAGGGCGAAGGAAUGAACUCUUCCAUGAGCUUCUCGAGGAGAAUUCGUAUCUUCUAGGUGCGUUUAAUAUAGAGGACUACUUCCCUUGGUUAGCGUGGUUGGGCGUGUUCUUGGGGGGGUUGAGUUCGAGGGCGAGAAGGAACUUCAAGAGAUGGGAUGAUCUACUUGAUGAGGUGAUUGAGGAUCAUGAGAAUGGAAAGGAUGAUGGGGAAGAGGACUUCGUCGAUGUGUUGCUCUCACUUCAGAAAGAUUCAAAUUUGGAUUUCAAGUUGGAGAAAGAUCACAUGAAAGCAAUUUCGAUGGGUAUGUUUGGCGCAGGAACAGAGACAACUUAUACAACCCUAGAAUGGGCCAUGGCGGAGCUUGUUCGAAACUCCAAAACAAUGGAAAAACUACAAGAUGAGGUGAGAGGGAUCGUUCUCGAAAAACGCAUGGUUCGAGAGGAACAGUUGAACGCGAUGACCUACUUGAAGGCCGUGGUUAAAGAAACCUUGCGGUUACACCCUCCAGCUCCACUGUUACUUCCGAGAGAAUCACUCAAAGAUUGCUAUAUAAAAGACUACUUCGUUCCAAAGAAAACUCGAGUGUUCGUCAACGGAUGGGCCAUCAAUAGAGACCCUGAAUUUUGGGAGGAACCAAACGAGUUUCAUCCCGAGAGGUUCAUCAAUAACUCGGUGGAUUUCAAAGGUCACGAUUUCCAGUUCAUUCCUUUCGGGGCGGGUCGUAGAAUAUGCCCAGGAAUUCAAUUUGCGGAGUCUACUAUAGAGCUCGCAUUGGCGAAUCUUGUGCAUAGGUUCGAGUGGGAGUUGCCUUAUGGAUUGAGAAGAGAGAAAUUGGAUAUGAGUGAGAACCCUGGAUUGGUAGCUAAUCGGGCCAAAAAACUUCACUUAGUUGCAAAACCCUUUUUGUCGUAGAAAGAAACUUAGUUCUUAGUAAAUAAUGAUGCCAUUCUCUUUGGAAUGAGCAUGUUGUAGUUUGUUGCUUGGAAUGUAUGUAAAAUCUUCAUAUAUUUGUGCUAAAUAUUAGAAAAAUUAAUCUGAAUAAAUGGUUCGUGCAGUUGAGUAUGAUCUA